CUGUAGUGUUUCUACAGAGACGCAGUAAUUCAGUGUUUCAGUCUUUUAGAGAUUAGACAUGUCUCUGAGUGUUUAUGAUGAUGUGAUUGGAUCUGAGGAGAUGAACAGAGGAGAUAAAGUGGAGAUGGUGGAGGAUAUCUACGAGAGUGCAGAUGCUGUUAGAGGUCAUGACCCCAACACAGAGAUGGAGGACACCAACACAAUGAGGAUCCUGAAGACACAACAAGCAGAGAGUCGCUCUGCAGGAAGCAGACGCUACAGACUGGCUGCAGUGGGUCUGGGUCUGCUGUGUGUUCUCCUGCUGACUGCCAUCACAGUGCUGUGGAUCCAGUUCAACCACCUGACUGCAGAGAGAGACCAGUUACAGACCAGUUACACCAACCUGACUGCAGAGAGAGACCAGUUACAGACCAGUAACACCAACCUGACUGCAGAGAGAGACCAGUUACAGACCAGUAACACCAACCUGACUGCAGAGAGAGACCAGUUACAGGCAGAGAGAGAUGAUCUCCCGAGAAGGUGUUCUGAACUGGAUAAAGCAGUUAGAGACGGGUGGAUCUACUUCAGCUCCAGUCUUUACUACGUCUCUACUGAGAGGAAGAACUGGACUGAGAGCAGAAACGACUGCAGAAAGAGAGGAUCAGACCUGGUGAUCAUCAACAGCAGAGAAGAACAGGUCUUCAUUAACACAUUGAGAAAAGGUCAGUGGGUUUGGAUUGGUCUGAGUGACGGUGAAACAGAGGGGGUCUGGAAAUGGGUGGACGGAUCAGAACUGAUCACUGGGUUCUGGAGACUUGGACAACCCAAUAAUCACGGAAAUGAGGACUGUGUUUUUUACGGCUUUUUGUCUGAUCCUGUGAAGAACUGGGCUGAUUAUCCCUGUAAUCAGCAGUUGAUUUGGAUCUGUGAAAAGAGAAUAUAA